AUGGAUCUAAUGGAGGAGGGAAACGUGAGCUGUGGAGUUAAAAACUGUAGCACGCCAGGCUUCCAGGGAAACUGCUCCAACCAAGACUUGUGUGUGACUGUGAUUGUGGUUCCACUGAUAAUCUUCGGCCUUCUUGGAAACACACUGACCCUUCUGGUGGUUUGGCUUCGCCCAAACAUGAGAAGCUCCGCCCACCUCUACCUGAGCAGCAUGGCUGUUAGUGACCUGCUGAUCCUCCUGCUGCUGGCUCUGGGUCUAUUGCAGGUCUGGACACAGAAGUUAGGAGUCUUCGGCUUUAAGCUGACCAUGUUCCUCUCAGAGUGCUGCACCUUCUGCACCAUCCUCCACAUCACCUUUCUCUCCCUGGAGAGGUACCUGGUUGUCUGCUGGCCAAUCACCUCCAAGACGCUGGUGACACGUCGCAGAACCAGGGCUCUGAUUGGCUGCCUCUGGCUGGGAGCGGCUGUCAGUGCAGCACCAUUUUUGGUCAUGAUGAACUCAUUCUCCUCAGGCCUCGAGUUGGCCAUGAUAAUUCUCACCAACCUGUAUGUCGUGGUUCCCAUGUGCAUCCUGGGACUGGUCUACAUCCUGAUUGGACGGACUCUGAGGCUCCGUCCACAAAGAAGCCGUAAAGACAAGAGUCACCGACACGCAGUCAAGAUGCUGGGAGUGAUCUUCUUGGCCUUCGUCCUGUGCUGGCUGCCCUACAUCGUCUGUCUGACCAAGAGCUAUGUUUCUCAGAGAUCCGGUCUUAACAGUACAGACUUUUCUUUUAUCCUGGUCUCCUGGAUCCUCUCCCGCCUCAGUGCUGCCAUCAACCCUCUGGUGUACAACCUGAUGUCCGCCAGGUACAGACACGCUGUGCGUAGCCUCGUGCACACGCACUGUCUCACACCGUCUCACCGACUGAGCACAACGCUCUCAUCAGGACACUCCACAACCACUUUGUAAACAUAUAGGCACACGUAACAACAGCAGAAACACAAGGUAGCUGUGAUGAUCACUGGUGGUUCUGCAACGACCAUAUUAACAAACUGAAUUCAGCUGCUUU